GAGCAUCACCGAUCCACCACAACAACGUCUAAGCACGAAUAUCGAGUUGAAACGUCCUUUUCGAUUCCCAAGUCUCCCGAAAUAUCUGACGCACAUAUCCGACGCUGCUUAUGGAGCCCAUCCACCAUGGCGUCGGUAAAGUCUCUUGGACUGCACCAACCGACCGCACUACAUCGUACAAUUGAGGAACUCGGUCUUCCGCAGAGCACCAACCUCUCUGCAUUGCAUUGGGAAAUAAACACCGACAAGCGCGAUACGCCCGCUGUGGAAGACGAACUUCUCGUAACCGAGACGUGUGUCGUAUGGAGCCGAGGUGGAAUAUUUCGAAAGUCAUUCAAAUUUGACCUCGAGAACGAACCCAUCACGCAGGCACUGCUGGCAUACUUCCCCGCAUAUGAUGAGCUACGGAAGCCCAAGAACAAGAAGAGGUCUUCAGUAUCACCGGAAAUCUCCAAGAAGCCGUCCAAGGCUUUGAUCGUAUUUCUCAAAACCCAAGCCCAUCUUCAUUUUGUCUCAGGGGCCAGCCAUGUUAUCCAUAUGCCUUUUGAGGUUGAGGCCGCCUGCGCUGCGCCGCAGGGCGUCAUCAUACAAAGGAAGCAUUACACUGAGAACAACAUACCGGUAUCACUCAAGUUCCCCAAGGUUCCUCCAAACUCGUUCGUUUCCUCCCAGAUCACAGCCCCAUCUCUACAGGGUUCACAGCAAACCACUUUUUCGAUAGAAGGCUUGGGAAACCCGAGAAGCCUACCUCUUAAUCUGGGUUCGACACUGGAAGAUAUGUGGGAGGUCCCCCUAGGGAAUUCACAGUCUAAGUGGCCGAGGCUGGUGACUCUGGUUGACCCACUACAAGAUAUCGGUCUCGUCGUUACAGAUCCUCAAUCAGCGCAACGGGCAGCAACAAGAAGAGGAACUUCCAAGUCGCCAUAUCUUCUAGACCCCGCCGAAGAGAUUCUUUACAUCGAGGAAAUACAGCUUCCAAGCUUACUACAGCCGCCGAAAAAUGACCCACUUAUCCUUGCCGUUACAGUCAAUAGAGAAGCAAAUACGUACACCUUAUGGAGGUUAUCGUACAACAAGAACGGCGAUGAUCCUGUUCAGAGGAGCAAGAAGAGCGAUAUCGCAGCAAAUAGACGCCGCAGCUCGAUGCAGCCACAGUUUGCCAGUGGGGCUUCUACACCGAUUCAGGUUAACUUCAGGGAAAGCUUUGGCGCGCCCUUGCCAGGGAAGCGGCAGAGGAAAAGCGAAAGACUUGAGAGGCUUGAGAGGACUGAAAAAUCAGACAAGCCACUUGAUCUUGUUAGCUCUCUAAAUGCGGAUAAAGACGGAGGCGCCACUCGAAGACAGUCACGCAGAGUCAGCUCCAUGUUAGCUCGUGCUGAUCUUUCCGCGUCACAAGAACGAUCCGCCUUUUCAGAACAGCAGCUGAUGCCAAAUCUCGGCAGCUCGAUCAGGGACUCUUUUGGCACCCAAGGAGGCCGCCACUCUCUCAACUACAACCAGACCAUCCACCCUAGCUUAGGUAGCUUACUCGAAGCUCCCAUCGACAAUGUUCUUGACGAGUUGCGAGCAGGAGGUGAUUUUGAAGGCUUUCACAGCAUGGGUCUAGAUGAUCACGACUGUGACGGAUUGGCACAAGAAGUGGUGUUCACAAAGGUACACACCAUUGAUAUUGACAGCUCCAACGUUCGUUACUCCGUAUCGAGUCAGCCUGCGCGGUACCAGAGCGGUGUCUUUAUUCUUUCGAGUCCCAAGCUCUCCGUUGAUGAUAAUCAGAGGAGCGAGCUCAUACUUGGCAUCCAAGAUGCAGUGGAUAAGAAGUUGCAACUUCUUACAAUCGACAUACACAAGGGUGGGCAAUUCCUCGUUCCACCCCGAUCAGUUCCACCCCGAUCAUCCCAACUUCCUGAAGUUCACUCGAACGCCCUUCGAAUUACCUGUGGCCAGCUACGACGAGCACAUCCCGUUGUUGAUGCUUGUAAAGUUGUGGAUGGCGAUCUUUCGGCGAUACUCAUACUAUCCGAAGGCAAUGAUGGACGGCGCGAGCUCAGUAUUCAGGCGCCAUGGCUGGAGAAAACACCCAUUACUCUUCCUCGAUUGCUGCUCGAGAACGAGCGCAGCCUACAAUACAUCGGCCGUGUCAUCGAUCGAGACGUACGACAGCGAAGGUCUGAAGCACUGGAUACGGCGAAUGGCAUCAUCCGUGCCCUUCGAUACUCUCGCAUGGGUGGCAUUGUAGAUGUUGUGGACGCUGAGAGGCGUCAUCACCAAAUCCAGAUCCAGCUGCAACCCCGCAACCCUUUGGCUCGUAAGGUUCUUGAUGCAUGCCGCAGCGUUCUGCCCUCGUCUCAAUCCAAGAAAAUAUUACCAGGCUGGUGGCAAGCCAUGAUGUGGCUACAGGCAGAAGAUAUGCAGGUGGCGGAUACCGAAUGGUCGGCCCUCGUUAUUCAUAUUAUGUCUAUCUUCCUUGUCUUAGGAGGCUCUGAGGCAGUCGUCCCGGCUCCACAGAGGCCGGUCAAGGGUCGCAGACGACCCCCUUCAGGCUCAUUUGGUUCCAUGAACAACAUCGAGGACUGGCGCUCUUUGCAGCUGCAUGAGACACCCAAUGCCCUUGGCUGCCCAAUAUGGCAGCAGAACCGAGGCUGGGACUGGACUGCGGACCAUGACGAUGAUCUAGACACCAAGGGCGACUUUGUUGAUUGCAAAUUUCUGCCAACGCACAUUCAGUAUACCAAAGCAUACCUCGCAUCAAGCAUCGAAGGGGAUUUACCAAGAACUGCAUAUGCGUUAUCAUCAGCAAUCCUUCAGAAUACAGAGGAUUCGCACAGUGCAGUCUGGGCCUUUUUCAUUGGAUUACACCUUCUACUCGAAGAACAAAAGCUGGACACUUCCACUCCAGAAUAUGCAACUCCUGGUAUUGCGGAGCUUCGCGUCUUGAUGGCGCAGAUUGCACGCUGGCUGAGGUGGCACGAAUUUGCCUCCUAUUACGAGAUGGGUCUUCAAGAGGAACUAGAAAAUCGAUAUGACAACGUUCUCACUAUCGAGAUACCACCGCCGCAGUCUAUGGGCAAGUCCUAUGAUGUUAUCGAAUGGAUUAGCACCAACCUCACUGGCGGUGACAGGACAGAUUUCCUGACACUAGCUUUUGCACGUCAAAAAGGGGUGCCAGACUCUAGUCGGCAAUCUCCGACGGAUACACGGUGGGGCUUGAUGACACCGAGAACCCAUAUGUUCAAGAGGUUUUUCUCCAAGCUUCGCGCGAGAAACGAUGCGGUUGGGCUUGUUGAGGCCAUGUAUAGCUCGGGAAUUGAUGUCCGCAUGUUGGAAACGCUACCGGAGGCCAUUUUGACGCCCCUACGUGACGCUAUGGCCAACUGCCAGGCACGACCUCCGUCCUCAUGGUCGAAGGACAUGCUGAAGCUGGUGGGUCGCAGCGAUAUCACACUAAUGUACGAACCUAGCAUGAAGCUCCGACAACGGCCGUUCAACAUUAUUGUUCGUUCUUUCCAGCCCUCAAGCCUUGCUGGUUUUGCUAACCCUCCGCAGGCCCCCAUUCACAUCGCCUCCUGGGAUUUCCGGACCAUUUGCCAAACUCUUAAUGAGUUCAACUCUGCCGGCUAUGAUGAUGGCGAGGGUACUGAGAGACAAGCAGUCAUCAGGGCUUUGUUCAAGGAGGACAGACGCCUCAACGAGGCGCAGGACCUCCUGUCCACGCACAGACCACGUAUCGUUCACCUAGACCCUGAGCCUGGUUGGACCGAAAGUCAGUAUCUCGAGAAGCAGAAAGAGCUGGUCUCGAGGGUUGCUACAGGCACAUUGGCAAUUCCAGCUGGUCGUGCCCUUCUUUACUAUGGUCUACGACAUCCCUUGUUGACACAAAAAUUCCAUAUCGGAGGCUUCAACCUCAAUUGUAUCGUGCGUCCAACGAAUGUCACUGUGGGCGUAGACAGAUCGCAGUUCACAGAGGAAAAGGUCUGCUGGGGCUUCUUUCACCAAGGGGUGGCCGCCGGCUUAGCUAUAUCCUCACAGGCUAAAGGCAUCGAUACAUCAUGGAUUUUAUUCAACAAACCAGGUCAGGAUCUCAACAAUCGCCAUGCAGGGUUUUUAUUAGCUCUUGGUCUGAAUGGUCACCUCAAAGACGUUGCGAAAUGGGUCGCUUUCAAGUAUUUGACACCAAAGCAUACCAUGACCUCGAUUGGGCUGCUUCUCGGACUUGCUGCAUCGUACCUAGGUACUAUGGACUCUCUCAUCACACGUCUCCUGUCGGUACAUGUCACGCGUAUGCUUCCACGUGGAGCAGCUGAGCUGAACAUCUCGCCCUUAACCCAGACGACUGGCAUCAUGGGCAUCGGUCUCCUCUAUUGCGGUAGUCAACAUCGGCGGAUGAGCGAGAUCAUGAUGUCCGAGAUCGAGCAUGUUGGUGAGGACGAAAGCCCUGAGCCACUGAGGAGUGAGUGUUACCGCCUCGCUGCUGGGUUUUCGCUUGGAUUCAUCAACCUCGGCAAAGGCAAAGACCUCAAGGGGCUCCAUGAUAUGAGACUUACCGAAAAGCUCAUCGGCAUUGCAACGGCGAACAAGAAGGUUGAGAUGGUGCAAAUUUUGGAUCGUGCUGCUGCAGGCGCAGUCAUGGCUCUCGCUCUUAUCUUCAUGAAGUCGGAGGACCACAUCGUGGCGCGUAAGAUCGAUGUGCCGGAAUCGGUCCUGCAAUUCGACUACAUUCGUCCAGAUAUCCUUCUCUUGCGUACUGUUGCAAAGAAUUUGAUUCUUUGGAGUCAGAUCGAGCCUUCAUUCGAGUGGAUCGCGCAAAGUUUGCCCACGCCAUUCCGCUUCCGCCAUGGACUGACUGGCACUAUAAUCUUGAAGAGCACUGAUCUUCCUUUUUUCAGCAUCCUCGCAGGUCUAUGCUUCUCUCUAGCAUUGCGGUUCGCCGGAAGUGGCUCGCUGAAAGCUCGCGAUAUCCUCAUUCACUACCUCGAUCAGUUCAUGCGUGUCUCACGUAUUGUUUCUACGAAACGAGUUCCACAAUUUGAUCGGCCAAUUUACGAUGAGGAGCUUGCACGCUCAAACGCACAUAUCGCUUCUCUUCGCACUCAUGCUGGCCCUGACUUUUGGGAUGUGGAACUGGACUUGAAAAGCGAUGCCACGCUUCUGACAACAAUGGCCAAGAAUCCAAGCUUAUUCCUCAAGAGACGUCCCCCUCUCGAGGCUCCUUUCUCUGCUACGCUCCGUGCGCUGGGGCGCAGCUCUCUGGCGGACGCCCACGCACGGCGGGGGCCAACACGACCCUUUGGUGGUAAUGCUGCUAUGGAUGGGAGCUUGACCGUUACUUCUGCUGUUGAUACACGCCUCGUUCUGGAACAAAGUGCCAAAAGCUUUUCACGGGAGAGAUUGCAAGGCCUCAAGCUCUUAUUCAGAUGGGCGGAUGUUCGAGAUCGAGUGGAAACCCGGAAGGUCGCUCCUGCUGUAGCCAAUGGGUUGCAGAAGCCAGGGCAGCGGCAGGAGGAAUUUGAAGGCAAGGAGGAGGCUAAGGAGGAAGGUGAAGGCUGGUGGAUACGGAACAGCGUUAUUGAGGCUCUCAAGGGACAGGUUUUUCUUGCUGUGAGGGUAAACGUAGAGGUCUAA